UUUCGCAGUGUCCAUGCUUUCUUUCGAGAGGAGUUGCGGUGAACCGAUCACUAGGAUUAUCAAAUUGUUAUAAAACUUUUAUCUUAAUCCAGGUGCUACAACACUUUUACAAGCCAUUAUCCGUGUGAGGUGAUCAGUUUUCAUCUGUAAUCAUGGCUCCCAAAGACUACAUGGCUGAGAAAGAAAAGGCCAAACAAUUCCUUCAGGAAUUCUACAGUGAGGAUGACAACGGAAAGAAGGUUUUCAAAUAUGGAGCCCAGUUGGUGGCUCUGGCUCACAGAGAGCAGGUGUCCCUGGUGGUGGACCUGGAUGACAUCGCUGAGGAGGACCCCGAGCUGGUGGAGAGCAUCUGUGAGAACGCCAAGCGCUACAUGGGUCUGUUCGCUGACGCCGUCCACGAGCUGCUGCCAGAGUACAGAGAGCGAGAGGUGGUGGCCAAAGAUGCCCUGGAUGUCUACAUCGAGCAUCGGCUGAUGAUGGAACAGAGAGGUCGCGACCCCGCCGACACGCGCGACGCCAGGAACCAGUAUCCCGCUGAGCUCAUGAGGAGAUUUGAGGUGUACUUCAAGCCCCCUGGCACAUCCAAGCCCAAGGUGGUGCGUGAUGUGAAGGCGGACAGCAUCGGCCAGCUGGUGAUGGUGAGGGGUAUCGUCACCCGUGCCACGGAGGUCAAGCCCAUGAUGGCCGUGGCCACCUACACGUGUGACCAGUGCGGCGCGGAGACCUACCAGCCGAUCCAGUCGCCCACCUUCAUGCCGCUCAUCAUGUGCCCCAGCCAAGAGUGCGUCACCAACAAGUCUGGCGGGCGCCUCUACUUGCAGACCAGGGGGUCAAAGUUCGUCAAGUUCCAGGAACUGCGCAUACAGGAACAUAGUGACCAGGUGCCGGUGGGGAACAUCCCCCGCAGCAUGUCUGUGUACGCCCGGGGAGAGAACACCAGGGUGACCCAGCCCGGGGAUCACGUGGCCAUCUCCGGAGUCUUCCUGCCGCUCCUGCGCACCGGCUUCAGACAGGCUGUGCAGGGGCUGCUGUCGGAGACGUACCUGGAGGCCCACAGCAUCACGCUCAUGAACAAGACUGAGGAUGAUGAGAUGGGGACACAGGCGCUGAGUGAGGAAGAGCUGCGCCAGAUCACAGAGGAGGACUUCUAUGAGAAGCUAGCGGGCUCCAUCGCCCCAGAGAUCUACGGGCACGAGGACGUGAAGAAGGCCCUGCUGCUGCUGCUGGUGGGCGGGGUGGAGCAGGCUCCGCGGGGCAUGAAGAUCAGAGGCACCAUCAACAUCUGCCUCAUGGGAGACCCAGGAGUGGCCAAGUCUCAGCUGCUGUCCUACAUUGAUCGCCUCGCUCCUCGCAGUCAGUAUACGACUGGACGAGGCUCCUCAGGCGUCGGUCUCACGGCUGCUGUAAUGCGGGACAACCUCACUGGGGAGAUGACCCUGGAGGGCGGAGCCCUGGUGCUGGCUGACCAGGGGGUGUGCUGCAUCGAUGAGUUUGACAAGAUGGCCGACGCCGACCGCACAGCCAUCCAUGAGGUCAUGGAACAGCAGACCAUCUCCAUUGCCAAGGCUGGUAUUAUGACCUCCCUGAAUGCCCGCUGCUCCAUCCUGGCAGCGGCCAACCCCGCGUACGGGCGCUACAACCCCCGCAAGACCAUCGAGCAGAACAUCCAGCUGCCCGCGGCGCUGCUGUCGCGUUUCGACCUGCUGUGGCUGAUCCAGGACAAGCCCGACGCUGAGGCCGACCUGCGGCUGGCCCAGCACAUCACCUACGUGCACCAGCACUGCCGGCAGCCGCCCAUGCACUUCACCCCCAUCGACAUGAAGCUCAUGAGGCGCUACAUGACCCAGUGCAAGAACCGUCAGCCGAUGGUGCCUGAGGAGCUGGCUGACUACAUCACAGCGGCGUACGUGGAGAUGAGGAAGGAGUCGCGCGUCAGCAAGGACACCACCUUCACCUCCGCCCGUACGCUCCUCUCCAUCCUGCGCCUCUCCACCGCUCUGGCUCGCCUGCGUCUGGUGGACAUGGUGGAGAAGGAGGACGUGAACGAGGCCAUGCGUCUCAUGGAGAUGUCCAAGGACUCCCUGCAGGCCGACAAGUCCUCCACCACCAGGACGCAGAGGCCCGCUGACGUGAUCUUCUCACUGGUGCGUGAGCUGGCGGGCGAGGGUGUGGGCGGGCGCGGCGGCACCGGCGGAUUGGUGAAGCUGGCGGAGGCAGAGCAGAGGUGUGUGACGCGUGGUUUCACCCCGGCGCAGUUCCAGUCGGCGAUAGACGAGUACGAGGAGCUCAACGUGUGGCAGGUCAACCAGGCACGCACCCGCAUCACCUUUGUGUGAAGGACCGCCAUCUCUGAUUCUACCAAUGACACACACACACACACACACACACACACACACACACACGACAAACUGUGGAGGGGGAGGAGCGAUGAGGACCGGAAGUGUACAGAAACGCCAAAAUGGAGAUCAUCAGUGGACUCGAGGAUCAAGGCGGCCAUUUUGUGUCUGUUUGCGUUUGUUCCCUGCAUUAUGCUUAAUGGAUUUGGUAGCUGCAAGGAGCCAACAUGGGAAGGGAGGGGUGGUGGGGGGAUCUUUGGACUCAUAAGGGAUUGUGGUUUUCUAACUUAUGGCUGUCUGCAAAGAGUGAUUUUUGAUUUAUCUUUCUCUGCUUGAAAGAAUUUAUGCUUGUCUGUAAAGUGCUUCACUUUUAAAAACGAAUGAUCUGAAAUAAAGUUUUGUGUAUACA